GAGUAAUCGCUAUUGCGGCUUGUCGAAUUACGCACAAGAUUUUCACAGACUAUGCAGGAAUUCCCUUACGUGCUGUCAGAGUAUGAGGAAAUAAAUCCUCUCCUUUAUAAGCCUAUAAAUUCGACUCAACGUAUCAAGUAUACAUGUUUCAAUACAUCUGUCAACUAUAUUGUGUUGGGUUCAACCAGUGGCAGCAUUUAUCUGUUCUCAAGGAAACCAUGCUCCUUCAUACAGUUAAUACCCUUAUCGCAAGGGGCAGUCUCUCGUGUUCUCAUAUCACCUGAUGAGAAAACAAUUGCCCUGACAACAACUCGUGGAGCUGUUUGUUUGGUAGCUUUAAAACCAACACCAAAAUUAAUAGCCACAUCAACAGAACAUAUUCAUGAACAAAUUAACUGUCUUUGUUGGAAUGAUAAUAGUUCUGAAAUAUAUAUUGGAGAUGAUAAUGGCAUAAUUUCUGUUAUGGUGUUGUCUAUUUUUACGGUUAAUAGCAUGUUUCAAGCACCAGCAAGUACAUUAAUGAAUUUAGAUUCAGCCAUUGUGCAACUUUGCUUUUCCUCACCUUUAUUGUUAGUUUCAACACUAACUCGUUGUUAUAUAUGUGAUACAGUACAAGAACAAUAUAAACAAAUAGGAAAUAAAGCGCGGAAUGGAGAAUUUGGUGCUUGUUUUUAUAAAACGAAUCUUACGGAAAAUAAGUAUACCUUGGUUACCCAGAAGGAAGAAAAGUUAGUCAGUAGACAAGGUUCUUUUAAUUUCAUUCCAGAGGGUAACAGUAAAGUACAAGAAGAGAAUUUUCCUCAAAUCUUCUGUGCUCGACCGGGUUCUAGACUUUGGGAGGUGUCUGCAAAUGGAAUAGUGAUAAAAACUCACCAAUUCAAAGAAGCACUAGCUAUGCCACCUGUAGCAAUAUGUAGACCAAACGAUAGAAAAUCUAUUUAUCAUAAGCAGACAGAACAAACAUGGCAGCCCCAGUCUAUUAACUUUUCUCAUUUAUUUGUUGUUGCAGAAAAAUAUUUAUUUUCAUAUACUUCCACGGGUCUGUAUAUAAUCGAUCCUGCUAUCGCAACUGUGGUAUUAUGGAAUAACGAAUUCUCAAACAUAAACUUGGCAGAGACUAUAGAGAACAAAAUAUAUUUAAUGACCUCUGAUGGAGAAUUCCAUUGUUUGUCUCUGUCUUUUUUAGAUUCUCUAAUAUUACGAUUAUACAAUAAGAAGAAAUAUAAUGAAUGUUUAGAGAUAUGUCUCCUGUACAAAGUACAACUAAAAAAAUUAGUAAACAAUACUGAGAUUAACAAUAUUUGUGAUAUAGAAAACAAAUUACCACUAGUUAGAGAUGAUGAAUUGCCAACAUUAUUACAUCCUCUAGUAAUUCUGCUGGAAUCUAAUACUAAGAUAGUUCCAAAAAAAUUGGAAUCCGGUAUUGUAGUUGUAAAUGAUGGAAAUUCAGAUCUUAAAAACGAGGAACAUUUUAGGCGUAACUCCGUGCCUCAUUGUUCUUUGCAAAACAAGGAAAGUCUUAGUGAAACUGAAUUAAAAAUAGAGAGUAAAAGAGAAAGUAAUUUAGUGACUGAUUCCAUGAAUAAAAUGAGAAAAAGUAAAGAUACGAAUUGCAACACUACAGAAGAAACAUAUGAAAGUAAGCAUGCAGAAGUGUCAGAGACGAAAGAAGAAGUGAAUUCAAGCAAGACAAUAACACAAAGAAUACAAGCAGAUUUGGAAGUUAUAUAUGCGUUAGUUGAUAAUAUUAGGCCUUCGAUGGAUGAAGAUGAAUUAGAAAAAAUAAUUUUAGAUGUAGAUUGGAAAAUGGAUGUUAUCAAAGAUUCGUACGAAACAUUAACCGAGUUAACUAGUUUCAUGUAUGAAGUAUUGAGAAGCGUAGAAUUAUAUUAUUUUAAUGCCCUACUUGAAAAUAUUUCGAUGCAAUUGAUACAGUCAACGGAUAACGAGAAUAUCAUAAAACAAAUAAUGAAAGCUUUCAUUAAUAUAAAUGCACAAAGCUACGGAAGGUGUACCUGUAAGAUUAUAGAUGAAGAUUUGGAACAGUACAUAAAUUUAUGUAACAAAGUACCUUACAUGUGGCGAGAAUAUUUGCCACUGUACACAGAACAGCGUCGCGAAGUGACGAACGAGAUAGUACGUCAAUGCCUUCAAAUUAGAGAUGACGUUGUGCUUUCCAUUCUGUUACCUUCAUUAGAUAGACAAAACUGGAAUUUUGUAGCAACAUAUGCGAAAGAAAUACAAGAUGAACAAUGUCUGUUUUGUGAAAAGUCUAUGAAAAGGGGAAACAAUGAAGCAUUGCUAAAUUGGACUGCUGUGAUAUAUGAAAUUGUAAAGAAAGAGGGACCUGACAUUGCCAUGACAUACUUAGUCAAGUUGGAGAAAGCUCUCCCGAAUGUUCCAAUCGAUAGAAAUAUAUUUCAGUCAUUGAUAUUUACAAAACUUUUAUAUCAACAUGGAAUGAAGUGUGCUAUUAACUUUAAUAGUAGUAAUCUAGAGUCAUCCGAACAUAACACAAUGUGUUCGACAAAGAUUAGAGAUCAAUUGGUAGAAGUUCUUGAAAAAGAUUUAAAUAAGCCAAUUAAUAGAAAUAUCUUUGGAAACGGACCUCAUCAUUGGGGAAUACAUUAUCAGAAUAAAUUAUCUACAUGUCCCUGUUGCACCUUGACCCUUCAAACGCCAGUUCUGUUAGGUAACAAUGGGAUCGCAAUAUUUAGCUGCGGCCACGCUUACCACGUAAAUUGUAUGAUAGAAAAGAAACUUACUGGCUGUAAUCUCCAUUCUUAAUUGUACAUGCAGAACAAACAAUAAAUAUCGUAAAAGAAGAUAAUAUUAACGUAUAAGCGUAGCUUUGGUUAUAAAAAAUAUUGUUGAAGUAAAAGUUGCGCGUCAUACAUCUAGUCUUUAAAAAAUUCUUCGUACGUUCACAUGUAGACAUUCAUACAAAUUUAU